AUGGCUGGAUACCCAGGCGGCGGAGGUGGCUACGAGCAUCGGCUGCAGGAUCUACCUCCCACCGGUGCUUACCACCGACCUCCACAGGAAGAUGAAGAUGGUCAGCAGCCACUCUUGCUCGAUCGCAAUCCUCCCCCAAGUCCCUACGAGUCAAAUACUCUUCGGACUGGGACACCGCCCAUCCGACCGUCCUCAACAUAUAGUCUCACUGAGACAUAUGCUGUCCCUGCACCGGCCCCUCUUCCAUAUAGUUCCGAGUAUGGAGCUGCUCCAGCAUAUGGCCAUCAGUUAGAGGACAAUCCUUAUGGACGCUCAACCUCUCCCUAUCCACGGUCAGAAACUAGCUCGACUGAAGCCUGGCGACAACGACAAGCCCCAAGAGCUGGGGCUGGUGGAUUAAAGCGAUUUGCAACUAGAAAGGUAAAGUUGGUGCAAGGAACUGUUUUGAGCGUAGAUCAUCCGGUUCCCUCUGCCAUAAAAAAUGCCGUACAGGCAAAAUACACUCAAGAUCUUGAAGGGGGCAGCGAAGAGUUUACCACUAUGCGGUAUACGGCCGCUACCUGCGAUCCAGACGAAUUUACUCUCAAGAAUGGCUAUAAUCUACGACCCGCUAUGUACAAUCGUCACACCGAACUUCUUAUUGCCAUAACUUAUUACAAUGAAGACAAAAACCUAACGGCACGAACACUUCAUGGCGUUAUGCAAAAUAUUCGAGAUAUUGUAAAUCUUAAGAAGUCUGAUUUUUGGAAUGUCGGUGGACCUGCCUGGCAAAAGAUUGUCGUAUGUUUAGUUUUUGAUGGUAUUGACCCUUGUGACAAAGAUACUCUUGAUGUUCUGGCCACUAUUGGUAUUUACCAAGAUGGUGUUAUGAAGAAAGAUGUUGACGGCAAGGAGACCGUUGCUCACAUAUUUGAAUAUACUACCCAGCUCUCUGUUACAGCUAAUCAGCAGCUCAUUCGACCCAGCGAUGAUAACGCAAAUACACUACCUCCUGUGCAAAUGAUGUUCUGUCUCAAACAAAAGAACAGUAAGAAAAUCAAUUCCCACAGGUGGCUUUUCAACGCUUUUGGCCGCCUUCUUAACCCAGAAGUCUGUAUCCUCCUUGACGCUGGCACAAAGCCAGGAACCAAGUCCCUGCUUUCUUUGUGGGAAGGGUUCUAUAACGAUAAAGAUCUAGGUGGAGCUUGUGGUGAAAUCCAUGCCAUGUUAGGUAAGGGUGGACGCAAGCUGUUCAACCCACUUGUUGCUGCACAAAAUUUCGAAUAUAAGAUCAGCAACAUUCUCGACAAGCCACUAGAAAGUUCAUUUGGAUAUGUUAGUGUCCUUCCCGGUGCUUUUUCAGCAUAUAGGUUUCGAGCUAUUAUGGGUCGCCCGCUUGAACAAUAUUUCCAUGGCGAUCAUACUCUUUCAAAAAAAUUAGGCAAAAAAGGAAUCGAGGGCAUGAAUAUUUUCAAGAAAAAUAUGUUCUUAGCCGAAGAUCGAAUCUUAUGUUUCGAACUUGUUGCUAAGGCUGGCUCUAAAUGGCAUUUAACCUACAUCAAAGCUGCCAAGGGCGAGACAGAUGUUCCUGAAGGGGCUGCAGAAUUCAUCGGACAGCGUAGAAGAUGGCUCAAUGGUUCCUUUGCCGCAAGCAUGUACUCUAUCAUGCAUUUUGGUAGAAUGUACAAGAGUGGUCACAACAUCUUGCGGAUGUUUUUCUUGCACGUUCAACUUUUAUAUAACAUGUUUUCUGUCUUUCUCUCCUGGUUCAUGCUGGCUUCCUUUUGGCUCACAACCACUGUCAUCAUGGAUCUCGUGGGAACUCCUGUACCUGCUUCGAGCACGUCUUCUGAACACCAUGCCUGGCCUUUUGGUGAUACGGCAACCCCGAUAAUUAACACCAUCCUAAAGUACCUCUAUCUAGCCUUUCUCUUGACCCAAUUCAUCCUGGCCCUAGGAAAUAGACCUAAAGGUUCCAAAAUCACUUAUCUAGUGUCUUUCGUGGUUUUUGGCUUAAUUAAUGCUUACUUGAUUGUAUUAUCGAUGUACUUGGCUGUACGUGGUAUUACGGGCGCAUCAAUCGAUACAGGGAACGUGGGCGUAUUCUUUCAAAGUUUCUUUGGAAAUUCAGGGGACUCAGGAGGCAUAAUCAUAAUUGCUUUACUUGCCACUUUUGGUCUAUACUUUGUCGCCUCUUUCAUGUAUUUGGAUCCUUGGCACAUGUUUACUUCGUUUGCCCAGUACUUACUUCUUAUGUCGUCAUACAUAAAUGUUCUUAUGGUUUACGCAUUUUCAAACUGGCACGAUGUCUCGUGGGGUACCAAGGGAUCUGACAAGGCAGAUGCACUUCCUUCCGCUACUACUAAAAAAGAAGAUGGUAAAGGUGCUGUCAUUGAAGAGAUUGAUAGGCCCCAAGAAGAUAUUGAUAGUCAGUUCGAAGCAACGGUCAAGCGUGCGCUCAAACCAUUUGUACCGGAAGUUGAGAUAGAGAAGAAAACUCUCGAGGACUCUUACAAAUCCUUCCGAACAAAACUACUCAUUUCCUGGAUAUUUUCGAAUGCAUUAUUGUCUGUCUUAAUCACUAGUGAUAGUUUUGAUAGCUUUGGGUUUGCCAACGAGGCAUCUGUACGCACAGCUAGGUUUUUUACCGUACUCUUAUAUGCCACGGCUAUUUUAUCCUUUGUUCGUUUCAUUGGGUGCAUGUGGUUUUUGGGACGGUCAGGCAUUAUGUGCUGCUUCAUCAGGCGGUAA